AUGAGCACCAAAAAAGAGUAUAGCACCAUCUCGGGAGGCUCGCUCAAUGAGAGCGCGCUAGAAUACACGGAGCUCUCCACAAUCAGCACCGCCGUAGACGAGCUGCGGACAACAUUCGCUACGCACGCCCUGCGGCCACUCCCCGAGCGCAAGCAGCAGCUCCGCUCCCUGCUACAGGGCCUGCGGACGUACAAAAAGGCGCUCCUCGAUGCCGUCUACCUGGACCUCCACAAGUCCGCGACAGAGACUGAUUUCUUUGAAUACUCCGCGGUGGAGUUCGACAUUGGGCUGGCGCUGGAUAACCUGGACAAAUGGGCGCAGCCCGACCGCCAUCCACUGGCUAUUCUGCAGCCGGCGUUCCUGAUGAGCCGCUCAGAGGUGCGCAAGGAGCCGCUGGGCACGGUGCUUAUCCUGGGUGCGUGGAACUACCCGCUGCGGCUGCUGCUCCUGCCCCUGGUCGGCGCCCUGGCUGCUGGCAACACUGCGGUGGUGAAGCCCUCAGAGUUGGCUCCGCACACUGCAGUGGUCGUCGGGCAGCUUAUCGAGCAGUUCUUGGACCCCCGCUUUGUCCGCGUCAUGCAGGGCGGCGUGCUGCAGGCUACGGAGUUGCUGCGCCAGCACUUCGACCAUUAUUUCUUCACCGGCAAUGGCACUGUAGGCAGAAUUGUGGCCAAGGCGGCGGCGGAGCACUUGUCUGGGGUGACGCUGGAGCUCGGCGGAAAGUCGCCGGCGGUGGUGCACGCGGAUACGGCCGAUUUGUCCGUGGCUGCGUACCGCAUCAUGUGGGCGAAGCUGGCGAAUGCCGGGCAGACCUGCGUCACCGUUGACUACGUGCUCGUGCAUCGGUCGGUUAAGGACGAGCUUGUGGAGCAUUUGCUGGAUGCGGCCGUGGCUAUGUUUGGCACGGUGGCGGCGGCGUCGCCGGAUUACGGUCGGAUUAUCAAUAAGAGGAACUGGCGAAGACUCCGGGAUUUGUUGGAUCGCACCGAGGGCCAGAUCCUGGGUAAAGGUAGGGAGGAGCCGGUGGAGGAAGAUCUGUUUUUCCCGCCGACAAUUGUCGAUGGUGUUCUGCCGUCGGACUCGCUGAUGUCCGAGGAGCUCUUCGGCCCUAUCUUGCCGAUCGUCACGUAUGAUACGCUGGAGGAGGCGCUUGCGCUGGUUAAUUCGCGCGACCAGCCGCUUGCACUCUACGUGUUUGGCAGCGCGGCAUCGUCCCAGCAUGUGCUAGCAAACACGCGGUCCGGCGUGGCCUCUGUCAACGACACCAUGUUCUUGCUGGGUUCCCACGGCAACCCCUUUGGUGGCGUUGGGCCUUCUGGGUUGGGCCGGUAUACGGGGAAGUUCUCGUUUGAGACUUUCUCGCAUCAUCGCUAUGUGCUGCUGAGGCCCAUGUGGUUCCCUAAUCCUGGCAUGGAUACCGUUGCUGGCUAUUUUGCCUGGCUUUGUCAUGGCUCUGUUCACUGCGAAGCCGAUAAUGGGCCUUGGCCGCAGGCGUCGUCUUGA